UACCCCUGUGCUGUGUUGUGUUGUGCUGUGCUGUUCUGCUCUCCCCUUCCAUCUUUAGCCAGUGGUCUCCUUCCUGCCCCCAAAAGGUUCUUCUCAAUCAACGAUCUCUUGUUAUAUAACCAGACCUAACAGCACAAAGGAUUCCAUUACCACCGUCUCUCUCUCUCUCUCUCUCUCUCUUUCUCUGUUUCAAGAAAAGAAAGAGUUGUUCGAGGCCAUGUUUCAGAACCAGCUUUCGAGGACAUCAUCCUUCAGAGGUUCCUUGAAGGGCCUUGAAGCUGACAUAAGCCACGCCAACUCCCUGGCAGAAACUAUUCAGAGAGCCUAUGGUGGUCCGUGCCUGCACAUGAGAUUGUCUUGCAGCCCUUUGGCACCAUUUUUCCUCUUCCUCAUCCAGUAUAUGGGCUGUUCUUGUUCUUAUAGUCUUCUCAGUUAUUUAUGCAUUUUCCAGAUCAUGAUAUACAAGGUUUAUGUUGAUGGAACAUCAUCGAUAUCCACCUAUGAAAGGCGUGCCAGCCUCAGGGAAUUCUAUGCUGUCGUGUACCCUUCUCUUCAACAACUUGAUAGUAACUUGAUGGGUAGGGAGGAAUGUAGUGAGAGAGGCCAGAAUAAGGAGAUUGUUGGAAGGAAGAGGAUGGAAGACCGGAAAAAGGCUUCUGAUAAGGAUUUGGACCGAGAGGAUGAAUGUGGGAUAUGUCUGGAGGUUUGCACCAAGAUGGUCUUGCCAAGCUGCAGCCAUGCCAUGUGCCUAAAAUGCUACCGUGACUGGGAUGUGAGAUCUCAAUCUUGCCCCUUUUGCAGGGGGAGCUUAAAAAGAAUUCGGUCAAGAGACCUCUGGGUGCUUACAAGCAAUGGCGAUGUGGUUGAUAACAUGACACUAGAAAAGGAUAACGUGAGGCGCUUAUACCGCUAUAUAGAUAGUUUGCCUCUGAUAAUUCCAGAUACCCUUUUCUUUGUCUAUUAUGAUCAAUGGAUUUAAGAAUAGUGAUGUAUGAACUGCACUAUAGCUGACCAUCCUUUGUAGGUUGAGUCUGGUAAGGAAGAGUUACUCAACCUGAGAUGUCUCUUCCGAUUGUGCAGUUGAAUUGCGUUGUGAUGCUUUUCGGGAUAAUAUUACAUGAAAUAUUGCUCUCUGAAAUUGAAGAUCUAGUCAUGCUAUUUUUGGAUGCCAAGGUUUGGCAAGCCACUGGAGGAAAAAAGAGAAAAAAAUUGAAGCUUUUCAUGUGCCCA